UAAAGAAGACCCCAGACUCAAUUCCAGAGUUGGAGUCUCAAGUGUUUUAUUCAAGAGGCUGAAGCGUUUCCCCCUUCGAUUCUUGGGAGAAGCAGACACAACUCCUUUAGAAAGGAAGAGUGCACUGAGUACCAAAGCGAGGGCAAGCUUUAUAGGAUACCUUCAGAUGUCCUUGAGAAGAAGCCAUUUUGGCUGAAGGCUUGCAGUAAACAGCAUCAAAUACAGGAUUGAGUUGAAGGAGUGUGAUACAAUGGAAAGAGCCCUGGAUUUAGACUCCGAGCCUCGGAGAUGAAAAAUGGCCAGUCCAGAUCCACCUGUACAGAAGAAACUAAAAGCUAAAAAGACCAUACCUACAAGUUGCCGGAAACAAAUACAUAUAUUACAUAAAUUAGGAAAUACUGAGCCACUGAAAGCAGUAAAUAAGAAUAAUAUAUAUGGUGGAAAUCAGCAGUUAAACACUGAGGUCAUGCACAGGAAAAGUGAAAAUUCUGACAUGAAGUGUUUCUUCCUGGACCCAAGGAGAAAAACCAUACUCACUCAGGAAAAUGAGACAUUUCCUCAAAAUUUAGCAGUAUCACUAAAAAGAGUAAAGAACAACUCAAAGAUGAACUUUGUCAAUGAACGAGUUGUUGAUCCAAACAACAGGCCAGCUGAAACAGAAAAUUCUUGCAAGAAGCUUUUUAUACAAGACUCAAGUGACUCACAGCAAACUUCAUGUGGUUCUGAAUACAAAACAAAAAAAAAAAGAUUUUCAUUUGAGCAAGCUAAGGUUGAUUUGAGUCUAAAACCAAGCAGCAGCCCAUCUGGCUCAUUGAAUGAUUUAAUUGACAAGUCAGCUUAUAUAUUAGGCAAUCAUGUAGAAAAAGCUUUUAACAGUAUUGGGAACGGUAGAGAAAAUAACCAGGUAGGUCCCCAGUUAGAAGUGACCUCACAAUCAGAAUCCCAUGUGUCACAGCAGAGCGAAGCCACUUCAGUUAAAAGUUCACACACUCAUCUUACGGCCAACAAGACAUCUGAUUUGAAAAGAUCAGUUCAGGCCAAGAAGAGUACAAGUGAUUUUUUGAAGACACAAGAAUGCAAUCAAACUGAUCACUCAAGAACUUCAGAGUGUGAAAAUACAGUCUCAACAUGGCAUUCAUCAUUUGACACUAAUAGCAGCUCCUCAAAGAAAAGGGUACUUUCAGGAAACAAAGAGAAUAUUAAGCGCAUGAAAACUUCACAUGAAAUUAACGAGAAUACCUGUAUUGUGGAAAAAGAAAGCUCAUUGUUUGAACAGGUUAAAUGCUUGAUUCAACAGGAAGUCUGCACUAUAAAUUACAAAAUAUUUGACCAUAAGCUAAAAGAACUAAAUGAGCGAGUUGACAAGACCCAGUGCAGAAAAAGGCAUGAAGCAAUAGCUAUUGAACUUCUUAAAAAAAUAUCAAAACUCGAUAGAUGUAUUAAAGCUGCAUUAACAAGUCAAAGGAUUGGAUUAGAAUCAAAAAUACCAGCCCAAAAUAUGGCCUGUAAGCAGGUCACAAAUUCAAAGACUGUCAUAUUGAAUAAGAAUCAAGGGGCUGAGACAAGAAGCCCAAGUACGAAAUUGACUCCUUUGAACAAUAAAUCAUCCGAACCUUCAGAAAUCUCUGCAAAUGAAGCAAAGCAGAAGAAUUUGACUUCGGAUUGUGUUGAAGUUGUGUCUGAAAGUAACAAUGCUGAUGUUAUGCUGAUUUCUGAGGAAAGUGGUGAUUUGCAAGCUCCACCAACAAGGACAACAGAUGCUGAAAAAAUGGUAUUGGCAGAUUCAAGUGACUCACUUGGUUCUGAAACUAAUUCUAAGGCUUCAAGGGAAAAAACGAAACAUGAGGAUAUGGUGAUUGACUUGACAGAAGAAGCCAGCUUAAAUAGUAAAACAGCAACUUCAUUGGAAGUCGUGGAAUUGCCGGUAGCAACCAAUGUAAACUUGAAGGAGAAGAACUUAGUGGCACAAGAUUCAACACAGGUCCUGGAAUCAUUUGAGCACCUUCCUUCACUACCAGAGACACCCCAUCACUCUGUUCCCACAGGAUCCAAUGACUCUCCUCCUCCCCAGAAAUUUGAGCUAAGACUGAAACGGGUACUUAAGCCAAGAGGCAUAGCGUUGACAUGGAACACUUCUCAUAUUAACCCCAGGUGUGCCCCUGUUGAAAGCUAUCACCUCUACAUAUGCCAUGAUAGUAACAAGAACAAAAGCAAAACAGCUUGGAAGAAAGUAGGAGAAAUUAAAGCUCUACCCCUCCCGAUGGCGUGCUCUUUAUCUCAGUUCUUGUCUUCUGGCACCUAUUAUUUUACUCUACAAGCAAGAGAUAUUUAUGGAAGGUUUGGACCUUUUUGUGAUAUCAAAUACAUCCAUGGACUCCCUGAAGAUAAUAUUAAAGAAUCACAAGUCCUUCCUACUUAAAAAAUAUUUCAUAAGAAGCUAGGCCAUUUUGCAUCUAAGUUGUUUGUAUACAUGGUAUUUAACUGGCCAGUACUUAAUCAUGAACCCUCUGUACUAGGAAUUAACUGCUCCAGUGCUUUGUAAAGGGCUCAGUCUGGGAUUGACGUUCAACAAUGCAUCUUCUAAGAGGAGAAAAUGACAUGUGAGGAAUAUGUGCAAGAUAAUGCUUUUCUCCUGAUACAUACAUACAUAUAUAUGCAUAUAUAUGUAUGUAUGUAUAUAUACACACAUAUAUGUGUGUGUGAAUGUACGUGUGUGUGUGUAUGUAUGUAUGUGUAUAUAUAUAUAUGUUAGAGUUCACCAGCUCAGAAAAAUGUUUAGUCAUGUAAUUAAAAUAGAGCUUCCUACAGUGCAUUUCCAUUAAAGUUUUUUUUAAUGCAUCUAC